CCAUAGGAUAGGGUCAAUAAUGGACCACACGCACACGUGAAAGUGACGGUGGGGAGAACGCCGGUGGUUACCUGGCUAUCUAUACUUCCGCCAUUGAAACGAGCGAAAGCGACACGUUUCCUUCCUCUAAAGGCUUAAAACCUCCUCCCCUCGAAUUGAACUUCACUCCCUCUCUGUCUACCAAUGGCGUGGUUAAUCACUCUAACGAUGGUACUCUGCACGUGCUAUGCCGCCGCCGACGCGGCGGCGGAGAAUCGUCCGAGUCAGGUGGGUUUGAGUUCGCUCACUGACGAGCUGCUGCAGAUGGCAAGAGAGCCGGAGUUCUUGGGAUGGCUGAGAAGCGUCCGGAGGAGGAUCCACGAGGAUCCGGAGCUGGCUUUCCACGAAUUCAACACGAGUCGGCUGGUGAGAUCGGAGCUCGACUCGCUCGGGAUUCAGUACACGUGGCCGGUGGCGGAGACCGGGGUCGUUGGUUCGGUCGGGUCAGGGUCGCAACCGUGGUUCGGUCUGCGAGCGGACAUGGACGCGCUGCCCAUUCAGGAAUUGGUGGAGUGGGAACACAAGAGCAAGAACAAGGGCAAGAUGCAUGCUUGUGGCCACGACGCCCAUGUCACAAUGCUACUCGGCGCUGCCAAGCUGCUUCAACUCAAACAGGCCGACCUAAAGGGCACUGUGAAACUGGUCUUCCAACCAGCAGAAGAAGGUGGCGCUGGCGCAUACCACAUGCUCCAAACCGGUGCUCUCGACAACAUCCAAGCCAUGUUCGGCCUCCACGUCUACCCCGAUCUUCCCGUCGGCUCAAUCGGAUCCCGGCCAGGAACACUCCUCGCCGGAGCCGGAAGGUUCAUGGCCUCCAUCAGAGGGACCGGUGGACACGCCGCCAGGCCACAGGAUACAAGAGACCCGGUUCUUGCUGCUGCCUUCGUCAUCCUCGCUCUCCAGCAAAUCAUCUCCCGAGAAACCGAUCCUCUUCAAGCUGGGGUACGCUGACUCGACUAAUUGGCUAAAUCAGCUCCGAUAUACUGAUAUCAUAACUCGAGUUGUUUGGAGAGAUUUCAUUAUGGAUCUUAUACCCACUCUCUUAUCGCUCAUUCGUAUACAUGGUUCAGGUGAUCUCAGUAGGGUUCGUGGAGGGCGGACGAGCAGAGAACGUGAUCCCGGAGACGGUGAGACUGGGAGGCACGUUCCGUAGCGCGACCACUGAAGGGCUAGAUGACCUCCGGCAGCGGAUCAGAGAUGUAGUGGAGGGACAAGCGGCGGUUCACCGGUGCAGUGGCUCGGUUGACUUCAUGACGGACACCGGGAGGCCUUACCCUGCCACCGUGAACCAUCGAGAAAUGUACGAUCACGCCAAGUACGUUGGAGAAGCGCUGCUUGGAAAAUCGAACGUGAAGGUGAUUCCGCCGAUCAUGGCGGCAGAGGAUUUCAGCUUCUAUUCUCAGAAGAUGAAUGCGGCCUUUUUUAUGAUUGGCGCCAGGAAAAGGGAGGCGGGCGGCGAUGGUGGAGCGGUGGAGCCGCUGCAUUCGCCACGACUCGUCAUCGAUGAGGAUGUGCUCCCCGUCGGAGCUGCUCUCCAUGCUGCGGUCGCCAUUUCGUACUUGGACGCUGGUGGUGGUGUUGCUGUUGCUGUUGCUGCGGAAUGAAGAGAAAGUGGAUGUUUGAUGGAUGUUAUCGACUUGUCGUAGUAGAGAGAUUCUGGAAGUGGAAAAGAUUGAGUUCCACACGGCCUUCGUCCCUUGGAAUAUGUACAAAUCGAGUCAAUAGAUGAAGAUGCUUUACUUUAUUAUCUAGCCCGCCAAUGGGAUAGAACUUGAUGAACCAAACAGAACCCUUUAACCCAAAGUGAGCUCGGCGGACGGGGAACUUAGCUGUCGGUUUCCUCAUGGAGUUCAUCGGCCGCCGGUCCAGCUGUCGCUUCUUGCUGAUCACAGUUCUAUUAAUAUUGGGUCAAUCUCUGGGUUUUACGGUCGCCGGCGGUGAACAUCCAGGGCUGGAGUCACUAGCUAAGCAGCUCAUGGCAUCGGCAAAGGAGCCGGAGUUCUUUGAAUGGAUGAGAGGGAUCAGACGGAGGAUUCAUGAGUAUCCAGAGCUGGGUUUUGAGGAGCACAGAACCAGUGAGAUCAUUCGAGCUGAGCUUGAUUCGCUUGGGAUUGAUUAUAAAUGGCCAGUUGCCCAAACUGGAGUGGUCGCUUCCAUUGGAAAUGGUGGCAAGCCAAUUUUUGCCCUCAGAGCCGACAUGGAUGCCCUCCCUCUUCAGGAAAAGGUAGAGUGGGAGCACAAGAGUAAAAUUGACGGUAAGAUGCAUGCUUGUGGCCACGAUUCUCAUGUUGCAAUGCUCCUUGGUGCCGCCAAGUUACUCCAUGACAGGAGAGACACGCUGAAGGGAACUGUCAAGCUUGUAUUCCAGCCAGGGGAAGAGGGUUAUUCUGGUGCUUACCAUAUGUUACAAGAUGGAUGUCUUGAUGAUCUGAAUGCCAUCAUAAGCAUACAUGUUUUGCCAUCGGUGCCUACUGGUGCGAUUGCUUCAAGACCUGGUCCGUUUCUUGCGGGUGCUGGGCUCUUCUCUGCAACAAUCCAUGGGGUUGGAGUCCAUGCCUCAUCCCCGCAUAUGGGUAGAGACCCGAUUGUGGCGGCAUCUUCUGCCAUAGUUGCUCUCCAACAGAUCGUAUCACGAGAGACUGAUCCCCUUGAAGCUGCAGUGGUGACAGUGGGAUUGAUUGAAGGAGGCAAAGCAGGAAAUGUAAUUCCAGAUUCAGUGCGAUUUGAAGGAACUUUUAGAAGUCUAAGCAAACAAGGUCUACACAACCUUCAGCGCAGGAUUAAAGAGAUCAUUGAAAUGCAGGCAGCAGUGCAUAGGUGCAAUGUCACAAUGGACUUCAUGGAGCACAGACAUCUUCCACAUCCUCCAAUGAUUAACGAUGAAGCAGUUUAUAAGCAUGUCAAGAAGGUUGGAGAAAUCUUACUUGGUGAAUCCAAUGUGCACUCGUUUCCAGUCACCAUGGGUGCAGAGGAUUUCAGUUCCUUCUCGGAGAAGAUGCCUGCUGCAAUUUUUGUCAUUGGAAUAAAGAAUGAGACUUUGAAAUCAGAUCAACCACUUCACUCCCCUUACUUCUUCAUUGAUGAGGAAUCAUUCCCUGUAGGUGCAGCUCUAAAUGCUGCUGCUGCAAUCUCCUACUUGGAGAACCACAGUAUGCUUGUCAAUUGUGAUGAACCAGAAUCUCAUUUACCUUUUGCAGCUAAUAUCAUCUAGGAAAGGCAAAUUCAGAGAGUGAACUGUGUCAUUUGCUCGACAACUACCUCGUCUUAUAAACAUGGGACAAGCAGUUGAUUGUAGAGCAUUAUGAUGAUAUUACUAGCAAACUACAGAAUUGGGGGAAAAAACAGCUUCCAAGUCCUCCUCUUUAAUAGAGGCUGUUGUCCCUGAUAGAUCUAGUAGUCUUAAAAUGUAACUGCUGUUGUUAAACAGUAAACUAAUAGCUUUCUCUACGUUAAAUGUUGAUGUAAGCGGGCAUUAGAAAAAUAUGUCCACCCCAUCUUUAAGUGAAGAGAAUUUAUCUAAAGAAGUUAACGGGAACAUUAUAGGAUCAUGCCUCUUACCUGUGGCACCCUCUGUUUCCGUUAAUACAGUGAGAGGAGCCGCUUUCCUGACUUCAAAUCUUCAAUUGAUAUCAUGCAGCAGCGGAGUAGAUAUGCCAUGAGCAACUAGGUACAAAACCUAAUCAAUUAUGUUUGAAGCCCCAUGUACAUGAAAUUACACAAGCAACUAGGUACGAAACAAAAGCCAAUCAACACCAAAUUUGAUUCUUUCAGAAGGAAGUGGUUCCCCAUGAAAAUUGUUGUUCCUCCUCUGGAUUUCCUCCAUAUGAACAGAACCACAAAUUGGAACAGAAGCGCCAAAAUUGAACAGUUAAUCACAAUGUACAUCCCAUUUUUUGCUAGGCAAGAAGAUGCUGUCAUUAAGCCAACAACAAUAAUCCACAAUUUAAGCUCUAUACCCAACUGCAACCCGGUAUCUUUCUAAGCCCUCUCUCUUUCAUCUUUUCUCUAAGAAGAGAAACAUCCAACCAACGAUCUGAUGCGGCAUAGAUGUCAGACAGCAGCACAUAAUUAGCGGCAUUUUGCGGUUCAAGCUCAAAUAGUCUAGUGGCAACAUUCUCACCCAAUUCAAGAUUAACAUAAAGCUUACAAGCUCCAAGAAGUGCACCCCAAGCACAUGCAUAAGGCUCUAAAGGGGACGAUACUAGAAGCUCGUAAGCAGCUUCUAGCCGCCCUGCCUUGCUCAGAAGAUCAACCAUACAUGCAUAGUGGUCACGAGUUGGGACUAAGGAGUACUUAUCCGUGAGAGUAGUAAAAAAAUCCCAACCCUCUUCCACAAGACCAGCUCGACUGCAGGCUGACAAAAUCACUGUAAAGGCAACUUCAUCCGGAACCAACCCCUCAUCUAGCAUCCUAUUGAAUAGUUCAAUAGCUUGAUCACCACGUCCAUCGAUAGAAUAUCCUUUUAUCAUAGAACAGUAUGUAAUCAGGUCGUGCUGAGGCAUUCUGUUGAACAAUUCUUCUGCUCUAGCCAUGUUUCCGCACCUUGCAUUCAUGCCUAUAAGGGCAGCCAUUACAUGAGCUUGACAAGAAUCAAUCGAGCUCUUGGCCAGGUAAUGAUCAACUGAUUUUGCCAAAUCCAAGCUACCUAUCUGCGCACAAGCUGACAUCAAGCUCACCAUGAUGAAUUCAUCAGGUAUAACACCCGCAGACUCCAUUUCUCUAAACAUUUCCAAAGCCUGCUUUGGCAUACCGUUUUGAGCAAAUCCCGAUAUCAAUGCUGACCAUGCAACAAUAUCUUUCUCCGGAGAAGAUUCAAACAAUGCCAGUGCAGAAGCCAUAUCUCCAGCCUUGGCAUAUCCAUCAAUCAAAACAGUAUAAUCAACAACAGUCUUUCGAGGCAUUUCAUCAAACCACUUUCUCGCACCGAUAGUGUCCCCGGCUUUCACCAACCCAAUGAUCAUAGCAGUCCAGGAAACCGAAUUCCUCACUGGCAUUAGGCCAAACACUUCCCUCGCAUUUCCCAUGUCCCCAGCAUUCGCAUACCCAACCACCAGCGCUGUCCAACAAACAACGUUUCGCUCGGGCAUUUCAUCAAACACUUUAGCUGCGCUAACCAUCUCCGUACAUUUACCAUAAAAGUCAACCAAACCUGAACCCACGAACAUAUCAACCACAACCCCGUAUCUAAUCGCCGACCCAUGAACUAUUCGACCUUCUCUCAACUUACAUUCCCGCGAACACGAGGUGACAAGGGAAGAGAGAGUGUACUCAUCUGGAGACGCACUAUCACUCUUCUUCAUCCUCGUAUACAGCAGAAACGCCUCCCUGGAGCGGGAACUCCGCGAAUAGACUUUCAACAGAACGUUGUAGAGCAAGGUGGAAGGAGCGAUCACUCUGUUGAAAACAGAGGUGGAGUAGGAAAGAGACGCCGACAGUGACGUCGAUAGCUUCAGUAAGUUGGAGACGGUCCAAUGGUCUUGCUCGAGGCCUCUGGAAAUUAUGUGAGCGUGGAACUGGUGGAGGUGGCGAAGGG